AUGGAGAACCCGGUUCAUGAUUUCCAGUAUUUAUUGUCUAACCUUUAUAUGUACAUAAAUACAAUUUAUCGAAUUAAUAAAUAUAAUUUUUUUAUUGCAACAAGGCUACUUAUAUCAAUGAAAAAAAUUAUAUUUAUUAAAAUAUAUUCAUUGUUCAUGUAUGUUUUUAUAAGUAAUUACAUUUCUUUCAGUAUAUUUUAUACAUUACAAUGAGAGCAAUAAAAAUACGUAAAUUAUAAUUUAAUAUCUUAUAGUUAUAAAAAUUAUUUACAAUUAUAGAAUAUAAAAUUAAAUCAAUACUUAAUCUAUAAAUAAUCUAAGAUUUCAAGUAAUCUAUAAUUUUCGUACAUUUUUUUUAAAUUUAUAUAACUACCAAGACGAAAAAUCACCAAAUGAAUUUGUUACGACUUUUCUUUUUUUAAUCGUAAGUGCUAUGCUUGACUCUUCUUUUUCUAUUCUGUAAAUAAAAUUAGCAAUUAAUAUUAUUCUAGAAAUCUGUAGAUAAUUUAAUUAAUGAGUAAUUAAAAGUGUAUAUAAUGCGAUUUUACUUGUCUUCUUCUUUGUCUGGCUUUAUAUAUUUUCCUAUGCCUGAUCGAUAUAUUUUUAACACGUCAUUCUUUCCUGUUUUAUUGUCUGAUUUAUUUUUCAUAGCUUCUUGUGCUAAUCGUUCAAUUUCGGCUGCCCGCUCAGUAGCUAACUGUUCAUCUGCCUCUUGAAAAGGAUCAACAAACACUUGCGCUUUUUGUAUUAUUAUAUCUUCUAUUGGUCUGUCUUUGUUAUCUACUUCAAUCUUCUCAAUGGCAUUUAACGUUUCUAGUCCACCUACUAUUUUUCCAAAAACAGUAUGUUUACGAUCUAAAUGUCUGCACGAUCGAAACGUAAUGAAACUAGAAUCAACAGAAUUAUUUGGUUUUAAUGAAAUUGUACUUGUAAACAUGUGAAUAUAUAAUAAAAUACAUACAAUUGCGAUCCAUUUGUAUUUGGUCCAGAAUUUGCCAUUGAUAAAAUUCCUCUUCCUUGGUGAACCAAAUUUGGCUUGAAUUCGUCUUCAAAUGUUUUCCCCCAAAUUGAUGUUCCUCCAUUACCAGUAUUUGUAGGAUCACCUCCUUGUAUCUGAAUAAAAUAAUAUUAAUAUUCUUAUUUAUAAAUCUCUUAAAAUAUUUAUAUAUUUACCAUGAAAUUUCGUAUGGAUCUAUGAAAUUUUGUGCCAUCAUAAUAACCAUUCUGACAAUGUUUUAUAAAAUUUUCACAAGUUUUUGAAACAAGAUCACAAUGAAGUUCUAAAUUUAAAGCACCAAAAUUCAUGACUAAUCUUACAUAUCCUGGAAAAAAAUAUUUCAAUUAAUUAAAAUAUAAAACAAUAUACAAUAGUAAUUAUGCUAUAUAUAGACAAACCUUUUUUUUUAACUCUUUCGUAUCGCACCAAAUCCUCUGCAAUAACUGCUGCUUGAUGUGUAGUUUCUGUUGGCAUUACUGUUGAUGUAAAGCCAGCUGCAACAGCACCAGUAGAAUAGUGUGCCUACAUUUAUAAAUUUUUACUUUAAAAUAUGCUGUUUUAUCCAAACGAAAGGAAAAUGCCAAUAUUAAUAAACAAACCGCAUUAAAUUUAUCCGCUUGUGGUUUAGAGAUUUCCUUUUUAGUUUCAGUUUGUUUAUAAUCUCUAUUUAAUUCAGCUAAUAUUUCUUUAGUUUCCAUAGAUACAGUUUUCAAUUUUGCAUUUGGAUUAUUACGUUCCUUUAUCAUUUCUAGAAUAAUCAUCGAUAUGUGUAUUAUAUUUAUUGUGGUACAAUGUAAUUGAAAUCUUUAUUUGAAAUAUAAGAUAUUACCUUCAUUUUCAAGUUUUAUAUUAUUUUUAAUAUGAUGAAAUGUAGAUAAAUUGAAUUUCAUUGCAUUAUUUGGAUCUUGUAUUAUAAUAAUAUCUUUUCUUGUAAAAGGUUGAUCAUUUAUUAAAUCCUUCCAAUUACGUGUUUUUAUAUUCAAUUGUUCUAUUGCCUAAAAAAAUGUUACUCUAAGUGAUAAGUAUAUAUUUCUUAACUUAAUAAAUUUUUACCUCAUAUGAAAAUAUAUUUCCAGUUGUUUUAAUAGCAACAAUACGUGAAUGUUUAGUGAAUAAUUUGAAAAGAACUGGACAAUGAUACUGUCCUUCUGAAUUCUUAUAAAAAUUAAGUUUUAUUAACAUUUUUGAAUCUAAUGGCUUUCCUGUAACUGGAUUAUGCUUAUACUUUUUUAUAUAUUCUAAUAUUGUUUCCAGUUCAAAAAUAUUUCCUUGUAUAUCACAAUAAGGGUGCUGAAAAGGCUGCAAAGUUAAACAACAAUGGUCGUAAGGCAAACGACGAAAUGUUGUAUCUUCAGUUGCUUCAGAAGUUCCAGACUUUUUCCCACCAUAUAACGUUGUCCAUUCUAGAAAUGGCUAAAGUAAUGAAAAAAGGGAAAGAUUGGAAGAAAACAGUGCAAAAGGUUAUUCAUUCUUCACCUUUACGAGUAACCAUUCCCGCAGGAAUGGCAAAUCCCAAACCACCAUUGGGAUCACAACUUGCACAGAGAAAUAUUAAUGUAGCAAAUUUUUGCAAAGAUUUUAAUAUAAGGACAGAAGAUAUUAGACAAGGCAUACCUCUACCAUGUCGUGUUAAAGUAAAAUCUGAUGGGACUUAUGAUUUAGUAAUUCAUCAACCACCAGCCAUAUAUUUUUUGAAACAAGCGGCUGGAAUUCAAAAAGCCAAAAUACCAACUGAGGAAGUAGCAGGGAAAAUAACAUUUAAACAUUUGUAUGAAAUUGCUUGUAUUAAGGCACAAGAUCCACCAUUAGCAUUAUUAACUUUAGAACAAGUUUGUCAAAUGCUUGUUGGAAUAGCUAAAACUUGUGGUAUUAAAAUUGUACGUGAAAUAGAUCCAAAAGAACAUGCACAAUUUAUGCAGGAGAGAAAAGAAAAUGUUAAUAAAUUCUUGGAAGAGUUAGAAGCUACUAAAGAAACCAAGAUACGUAGGGCAGUUUAA